AUGCAGCUCUUCACCAUUCUUGCACUUGCGUGCACAGCGCUCGCAAAGCGAGAUAGCAGACACGUUCGAAAAGCCAACCCUCCACCAGAGCUCAAAGCUCGAUCCCCAACGCCUGCAGCGAACUGGCAGCCACCGCAUUACUCGCACCCACCGAAACCGAUCAUCCCUUCAAACCCCAAGACUCGCAAAUUCGCCGUCGAUGGCACUAAGAUCCCCGACGUCGACUUCGAUGUUGGUGAGAGUUACGCUGGUCUCCUCCCCAUUUCAAACGCCACGAAUGCCUCCGAGCUCUACUUCUGGUUCUUCCCAACACAGAACCCCGAAGCCACAGACGAGAUCCUGAUUUGGCUGAAUGGUGGGCCAGGAUGUAGCAGUUUGGAGGGCUUGUUGCAAGAGAAUGGGCCUUUUCUUUGGCAGUAUGGCACGUACAAGCCGGUGAAAAAUCCUUAUACUUGGGCGAACUUGACGAAUGUUGUGUGGGUUGAGCAGCCUGCUGGGACUGGAUUCAGUCAGAAGAAAGGUGUCCCUGCCGCAACGAACGAGAUUGAGGUUGCGGAACAGUUUCUGGGCUUCUUCAAAAACUUCGUGGAUACCUUCGAUCUGCACAACCGCAAGGUCUACAUUACCGGCGAAUCGUAUGCUGGAUACUACGUGCCUUACAUUGCGGAUGCCAUGCACAACAAGACGGACAAGAGAUACUACAAUGUGGAGGGUAUCAUGAUCUACGACCCAUCGACCACCUACGGUGUCGUGGCCGACGACAUCCCCGCUGUGCCUUUCGUCGACCAAUGGUCUGAGCUCUUCAAUCUCAACAAGACGGUCCUCGAUCAUCUCCACGCGAGGCAUGAGGCUUGUGGGUAUGCUGCAUUCAUGGAAAAGGCUCUGACCUAUCCACCCACCGGACCUCUGCCAACCCCGCCGAAUGUCGAUCAGCGCGACAGGAGCUGUAGUCUAUGGAACCAGAUUUACAGUGCAGCGUUGUUGGUCAACCCUUGCUGGGACGAGUACCAGGUCGCCACGACUUGUCCAUUGCUCUGGGAUGUCCUCGGAUUCCCAGGAAGUUUUGGAUACUCACCUCCAGGAGCAUCCAUCUAUUUCAACAGGACAGACGUUCAGCGUGCCAUCAACGCGCCUCUCAUGGAGUGGGCAGAAUGCAGCGAUGGUGUCCUUGACACAGAUACUUCGGAUCCAUCUGGACUCAGCGUUCUGCCUCGAGUCAUCGAGAAAAACAACAGGACCAUCAUCGGGCACGGAACGCUCGAUUUCAUCCUCAUCUUGGAUGGCACCCUCAUGAUGAUUCAGAACAUGACCUUUAACGGAAAGCAAGGGUUCAGCACGCCUCCGAGCGAGUGGAGCGAUUUCUACGUUCCCUACCACGAAGAGCUGAACCAGGGCACGUUCGCGGGAGCUGGCGUCUUUGGAAAUUGGCAUACGGAGAGAGGUCUGACAUUUGUGAGGACUGAGCUUUCCGGUCAUAUGAUCCCACAAUAUGCUCCAAGUGCCUCGUAUCGCCAGCUGGAGUUUCUGCUUGGAAGGAUCAGCAAUCUGGGCGAGGUGUCUAACUUCUCGACGCAGAAGGGGAAUUAUGGGAACGGCAAUGCUACGAUGAAGAUGUUCUAG